CAGUGUCCUCGCGCGCCUGCUCAUUACUAACGGCUGAGCGGAGGAGUGUUCAGCUGCUCAGGUGUUGGUGAUGUAAUGGCUUUGAGCAGUGGAUCCUAGUGUGUGUGUGUGUGUGUUUGUGCACAUGUGUGUGUGAGUGUGUGUUUGUGGGCGCAGUGUUCUCCUCAGAGAGACGCAGGCAAACAAGUGACAAAGAAGAAACCACAGCAGCCGUCAGGAGAGAGAAAGAGAGAGACUGAAGCCGCAUUUUAACCUGCCGGUCUUCAGACGAAACCAUGGAGUCCAGCCCAGGGGAGGUGGACGGAAAUACAGAAGAGCUAACAGGGAGGAAGAAGUCACGGUUCAAGUUCCUGAAGACGCGACUGUUUGGCCGUCUGAAGAAAAAGGAGACUGAAGGCCAGAUGAAGCAGAGCAAGUCCACCAGUGAUGUUACUGCACAGGGGGUCAGGAGAGGAGAAGACGACUCAGAAGAUGACUGUCAGUACCCACAAGGGACAUUAAGUUCUAGGGCACUGUCCCAUGACAGCAUUUUCCUGGCUGAUCAGUCUCAGUCCUCAGAGCCCAAAAGGGUCCUCUCACAGGAGAAUGUGCACAGCAAGAUUAAAGCACUGCAGGUGAAGCUACAGCAACAGAACAUGCGACUGGGCCCUCCUCCCUUCUUGAUUCCUGGAAAGCGCAUUGAAGACUCAGGAACAAUGUCUGAAGAUGAUGGCUUACCCUGCAGUCCUCCUGAAAUGUCUUUCCAAGAGGUAGCCACGCAAGGAGCAUCCUAUAAGGAUCCUGAGGCAACAAAACAUCUCAGUUCAUUAAGUUUGGCAGGAACAGGCAGUGAAGAGGAAGAGCAGGGUGGUUCCUCACAGCCCCCAUCAAGGCCUCUCUCGCCGGUCUCUCGACUGUCUCCGCAGGCAGUCAUCUCAUCACCUACAGAUAUACCCUCAACUCCUGCUGGGGUGGAUUUCAGUAGCCCUGCUCAUCAUGUCUCCUGCUUAGACAAUUCAGCCGCUCGUCACCGCAUGUCCAUUAAGCCCAGGAAUCAACGAGCCAGCACCAAGGGAAGGAAACAGCCAGCAGGUGUGUACCGUACUCGAUCUAGCAGCAUGAACAGUCUGGACGAGCCUCUUUCAGAGAGAGAGGAGGAACCACAAAGUGAGACAUCUACAGAGACUGUCCACCAUCAGUCCUACUCAUCUCAAGUUACAAACCUAGAAGAGGAGCGCACCUCUCCAGUAUCUGUUUCACAUCCCUCUAGUUUGUCCUUACAGGACCAACAUGAGUCCAUGGCAAUGGAUGUGGAACCACUAACCAGGAAUGAUGAAGGGCUGAAGUCUGGUGAACGAUUCCAACUGGAGGGCAGAAUGCUGACCAAUCUGCCCUUCCUACAACACUCUGAAAAAGAACUUUUAAAUGCUGAUAACCAACAUACAAAAGAGAUCGUAGUUGAAGCUAAUGAAGGGUAUCAGCUCAAUACCAGUUUGUCACCUCAGUCCACUUCUCCAGGGAUGGUUUCAAAUACAGUGACUGAUUGUAAUGUUGCAACAAGUGAGAAAGUGGAACUUGGUAUUGUGGAUCAGAUAGAGCCACUGAGAAAGCCAACCAAUGUAGAUGUUUCAAGAUCUUCAGAACCCUUCACUAGACCCUAUCCUAUUCCUGCACCACGCACCAAAAAGCCAGCUUUGGACAAAAUAUCCAAUACAAAGCCUAAAGAAGCUGAAAAAGAGACUGAACUUCCUGAGUCAAACAGCAAGAAUCCAGCACCAUUUGAAGGCCUGGAUAAUUCUUCACAGGAAGAUGAUAAAGCACAGAGACCCAGCUCGUUCCGGUUUUCGAUUGCAUCCGCAAAAUAUCGUUCCAAGACAAUAUCUGGUGAGCUUGUGACUAAGCAGGAUGAAGAAAGCUCUGCUAACACAGUCUUACUGAAGAACCCAUCCAACAGCCAGAACCUGGAACUUCGAGUGGAAAAAGUGGAGACUGCAAAAACCAGUGAGGUUCCCAGAAACCCUCUUUCUAUCCCAGAUAAAAGAAGCAGUUUGCGGAGGGAAGUAAUACCGCAGAAUAUCUCCAAGACAGGAGUGGGUAGUGAAGAUGAAAAGAGUGGGAAAGAAGAAGAAUCUGAAGAGAGCAGAGGUCUUUUUGGGGUUAAGCUCCGAACCACCUCUUUCUCGCUAAAGUAUCGAUCAGACAUGGCUAAAUCAGAGGACAAAACAAAGCGACAUAGUCUUGAUGCUCAUCAGAAGCUAGGAGAUUCUGAAGGACUUACUGGAAAGGAACCGUUUUCCAGGGACAUGGAAGAAGUCAUUAAAGAGAGUAAAUCAAAUGUUCUCCCAAAAACUACACCACAGAACUCUGACCCACAACAAGAGCCAUGUGUAGAUACAGGCUCAGACAGGGAGGCAGAUACCGGAUCUGAGCCAGCAUGGAUGAGCCUUGCCAGGGAGAAGACAAGAGCUCACCAGUCCUUCUCUAUUAAACCUUCCACACAGCCAACCACACCAUCACCAAACUCUACAUCUUCAUCUACACCAUCUACUCAGCAACCUCAAAGGCCAAACCCACAGCCAAGGCCACCCUUAAGGUCUACCAACAAAUCCCAGCUUAGAGCAUGCCACAGCACGGAGCUACAGCUAGACCACCAGUCAUCACAGCAAACUCCACCCAAACCGGCUCCAAGGGCACUGACGGAAAGAUGGUCCAAACAGAGUGCUGAAAAGAGCCAGUUAGCAAACGAAGCUGAACAAAUGGACAUAAAGGGACCACCGAAACCUGGAGUGAAGAAUAACACCCAGACUGAAUCUGAUGUCCUCAGGAGGACCCAGGCCUUUAUGUCUUCUGCCAAACCUGAGCCUUCAUCGUCAUCAUCAUCAUUGUCCCCGUCGUCGCUCUCCCAUCAGCAGUCUCCAUCAGACAGAGGUCAGCCAUCUUGGAUGGAGCUUGCCAAGAGGAAAUCUCUCGCCUGGAGCGACAAGAGUUUGGAUUAAAGAGACAACAGGAAAGAGAAAGACUCUAAAGUACAAGCUGCAAGUGAUCUAUCAAUGUUCCUGCCCGUAAAUGGAACCUGUGACACUUUACACUGUUAGACUCACACUGGUUAAAUAUGCUGUAUCUGCAGGAAUAACAUUCUCAAAUAAAACUCAUAGACUCAAUGAGGUACACCUCACUUUAAUAUUAUGCCUCUGUACUAUACUGUUCUCUUAUAUUUGGAUUGUACUGCUUUCUUUCAGUAGCUUUCUACAGGCUUUUUACUGUAGCUGCAUUUUCCAAAAAAUAAAAUACACUUUUAUUU